CAAUGCAAGUGCAGCCUUCAUUGAAGCACCAAUCAUUGAAGAGAGUUCGCAUUUGAGUGAUGGGCCCAUGUGAGUCAGCUGUAUAAUUUUAAAUGUGCUAUUUUGGGUCUGGGGAGGGGGUAAGCAGCCAUAGCGUGUGCCUCUUUCUCUCUUUCCCUCUCCGAGGAGCUUGUGAGAGGAGCUAGUUUUUGUUCACCGGUUUGCAUAGACGUCCUUUGAUAAAUUAAAAUAUGGGGUGUUGCUUCAGCAAAGAACUGAACCCUAACCUGGUCAGCGAGAGAACAAGUCUUCUUCAGGCAGCCAUUCCUGAGGGCUCCACAGUGAAAGACGUCAAAGGCUGCGCAUGGUCUGUUGCCGAUCUGGAUGGUGUGAAGCCUUCUGAAAAUGGGAACGUGAACGCUGCUUUAGAUAUCAGUUGUAAUGUGUCCUCCGCAAACUUGUCAGCAGGCCUCAACCUCAUUGAAGAGGGCGGUAGUAGUGUACAGGAUGGAAUGGCAUUUUGGGAUCCACCUGUCGGCGAUCCACCCAUUCACGAAGCUAUGGUCCAGAAAGGAAAUGCCAGUCAAAUGGGGAGAGACGAUAGAGACAAUUGCCAAAUUAAGGAACCUGACACAUUGGAUUCUGUGAAACGAAGAAUAGCUGAAAAUGCCAUAAGGAGAGCAAAAUGGUUUUGUGAUGGUCCAAAAAAUUCCACAGAAUUAACUAGAGAUGGCAAGAGUGAAAACACCACCUCUGGAGGAAACACCCUGGGCAUUAGUCAGUCGUGUGUUUUAAAGGAUCAACAUUCUGGUUUCUCUGUUAUUGCAAAAGAGGAACAAGUUAAGACCCUGUGGGAUGUUCAGUCAAGACCUUCGUUCACUUCAAAGCAUGCCACACUUCCAUUCAAUAAAUACUCUAGGAGCUCAAUAAAUCUGGAUGACUCUGAAGAUGGAAAUUCUGGACCGUUGAUCACUGACCGGGGCUUUAAAAAAGAACAGAGUUUCUACAGCAUCUGCUUGAUUGAUUUAGAGGAUCUCGGGAGCGAGUGUGGGCACCAGCCUGUGACAGAAGCUGACGCAGUCAGGUACACAAGUGCUCCAGCUGUCUCUGAAAAGGCUUUGUUUGAUAAUUCAUUACUACCGAAAGACUGCAAAAUAUCGGGUACAGAACCUUUACAUAAAUUUACAGCAGCAAAACAGAUAGAAAAAGGUUCCUCAGAGACCGGGUCUUUGACAAGUCUACCUGUAAAUUUAGCACUUCCAAAUGAAGAACAUACCCUCCCAGAUCUUCUGAAACCAUUUCCUGCUCAAGAAAAUGAAAAGUCUUUAUGUGAAAAUUUUGUUUCUACUCUUUGUACAGAGAACACUCUUUCUCCCUUUAUUGCUGUAGAGGACAUUAAUCAACUCUCCCCAGAUCUGCUGGCACAAAAUGGACAGAUGUCUGUGUUGAAGUCAAGUACAGAUACCGCGUUGCCACAGGGGGAACCUGCUGACCUACUUAAUGACCAUGAUCUUUAUAGUAGCUCUCGUUACAAGGCCACAGAUCUGGAGAGUGGUUCUGAGCUCAACAGACAUAACACUGUGUUUGAAGAAUCUAUGUUGAAAUCUGCUCAGCAAGAUCUAAAUGGUCCUUCGGAUGAAUUAGAACGGGAAAAUCAAUGCAGAAAUGAUGAUAGAGAAUCAAUUAACCUAAGGAUGGAGAACAAACCAAUUGUGUCAGAUAAGGUUGAGUCCUUCAUUUCUUCUCUUGGAAACACAUCAGAUAGAUGCUCAAACCUUAACGUAGUUAUCAUGGAGUCAGAUCAAUGUAUUUCCAGGAAAACCAAGACAGAGAAAGUUCUUAAAGAAAUGCCUCAGGCUUUCACAGCUGUCAGCACAUCUUCAUCAGAAAAGUUAGUUGAGACGGAGGACCAAGGAUUUUCUUGUAAGAAAACCUCUGAAGACAUUGAAAAUGUAAGGUUUUGCUCUAAGACCCCACUGACUUCUGAUAAAGGAGACAACUUGCCAAAAUCACCUUCCUUUGGUAGAGUUGGAGUUGAACCAAGGCAAAUAGCAACACUGGAGGAGGUCAUUCUGAAUCCUUGCCAGUGCAGUAAAUUGCAAAGUGAAGGGCAUACAAAUGAAUCUGACAUGUUCAAGGUUGCUGGUGUGCUUCGGAGAUUGAGCAGUCCAUCUCAUGCAGAAGAUAUUUGUUUAGAUUUCACUUGUAAUGCAAAAGAAGACAAGUUGGACAUGACUCCGCGUACACACGUUUACCCUUGUGGUGUUUUCCCCACUGACCAGACAAAGAUUGUGUCAGAAUCUUGUGACAGUCCAAACUGGGAACAGAAUGUAGAACCAAAUGCAAAUUUUGCAAAUGCUGAACCAUGUGACAUAAGUCCAUCUCUGCUUCCUACAAAUGCCUUUGUGAAUUUUGAGCACCUGAUGGAAGUCACUGGUAAAUCUGAAGAAGCUGAUUAUCACAGUGAAAGUUCUUCUAGUUCACAAACUCUUCACUUAAACUCUGUACCUGUACCCAGUUCCGAUUCUCCUGUUGAGGAAGAUCUCGUGCAGAUCAAUACCACCUGGUUUGUAAACACAUCACACAAUGGUGUCUGUAAUAAAGGACAUCCAGAAAGUGUGGCCGUGAGUUAUUUAAUACAGGUGGGAUUGGGAAGUGAACUGCCAGCAGCAGCACAUGAACAAGUCAUGGACAAUGAAAUAGGAGAGACUUGUUUACAGCAUGAGAAGACGCAUAUUGCCAGCAAAUGCUUCAGCGAGGAUGAACAGAAGGCACUGGCUGAGAUUUGUUUGUGUGCAGAUGAUGGUGAAACCGAAAUGUCAAAACUUGAACCACGGGGACUCGUACCGACUUUAGAGCUGCAUAAUUGCCUAAAUUAUGGGAAUAACAACAAUGAUGAUUUGACAUCUGUUUGUUCUGUUAGCAGUAAUGUACAAACACUUUCUCAACCAGCAUGCCAACCUGAAAUAUUUGAGACAAUUGAUUGCACUUCAUUGUCAAUAAAUUGCACAAGGGAAAGCACUUGCCACGAUCUGGUCUCAGAGAAUCCAGCCAGUGACACUCAGAGUUCUUUAGUUACAUCCAUUCAGGAGCAUGAAGACCUUCAUGACAUGAGGGAAAUCAGAGGAGAUGUUGUUGACUGCAGCAUUCCUCUUGUGAGUACCGCAAGACUAUCACUUGAAACUGGAGAUGCGCAGUCAUGCGCCUUACAAGGCCAUGGUAGUGAUUAUGCUUCUAUUGAGAGUUCGACACUUACCAUGCCUCAUAUUUCCAAACUUAUAACAAGCAGUCUUGGAGUUCUUGACUUUGAUCAGUCUGAUUCGAAAGUCAUUGUUGAUGACAUGAGUGUAAAUGCAGCAAUUCCGUUACCAGUAGAGCCUGACCAGGUUGACAUUUAUGCCACUUUGCCAUCUUACGAGAUAUAUUUUCUCAAUAAAGAUCAAUUCACGGUUCCUGUGCAGAUGGAAAACCCUGAGGGCUUGGAUGAAAUGGAGGGAGAGCAAGGCAUGCUGAAUAUGGUGUCUGACCUUCUUGGAAAAUCAGAGUUGAGCGAAGAGGUGGACUCUAGUCACUGCCUUCCAUGGGCCAAAAAACCCCAUGUCCAGUUUUCUGAUAACCAAACAGAGGCAUGUGCGCUGUUGUCAGCAUGGGACAACGCUGUCUCUGAGGGAAGCCUAACAGUGCAAAAUGUUGAACAGGAUCUUGAAUCUGACUCUGAUGUUGUCCCAGAGGAUUUCCAGGCUUCUAUGGGUUUCAUAGCACCCUAUCCUUAUAACCUGUUAUUCACUGAAGGAUCUUGUGUAUGGGACUGGCAGAAUGCUUAUAGUGAACUUGAAUCCUCCAAGAUCUCAGACCUCAAUCCCAAUGCGAAGGCAUGGGCCAAUUACAUGCCUAAACCAGAGGCCUCUGCUCCAACCUGCCCAGAUUCUCAGCAGUCAUGGGUAGAAGCGGCCGAUGACCCAUCAAACUGCAUCUCAGGAGGUUAUAACAACAGUGAAGACAAAGGGAACUGGAAUGAGGAACAGCAUGUAUCUCCAUCUGUAGAGCUGCCCUUUGCAGCGCAGCAAGAAUCCGUGUACAUGGGAAGCUCAGCCAGUGAGAAAGGCAUUGUGUCAAACCAGAACACCAGUAUGAAAGGGGUGGAUGAUUCAGAUUCCUCCAGACAGCUCGAAGACCUUCGGGAACAGUUGAAGGCAACACUGGAGUUCUGCCUUUCUAGGGAGAAUCUAGCCAAUGACAUGUACCUCAUCUCGCAAAUGGACAGUGACCAGUAUGUGCCAAUAGUGACUUUGGCAAACCUUGAUCAAAUCAAGAAACUCACCACUGACGUGGAUCUCAUUGCAGACAUCUUAAAAACGCUGCCUCUUGUCCAAGUGGACAAAUGUGGAGAGAAAGUGCGGCCCAAUCAGAACCGCUGCAUUGUAAUUCUCAGAGAGGUUCCUGAGGCCACUCCUCUGGAGGAAGUUGAAGCGCUCUUUAAGAGCGAUAACUUGCCCAAGUUCAUCAAUUGUGAGUUUGCCUACAAUGACAACUGGUUCAUCACCUUUGAAUCUGAGGCAGAUGCUCAGCUGGCAUAUCAGUAUCUCAGAGAAGAGGUGAAAACUUUUCAAGGGAAACCGAUAAAGGCUAGAAUAAAGGCCAAGGCCAUUGCUGUCAAUACCUUUGUGCCAAAGAAUGGGUAUCGGCCAGUGGAUGUGUCCUCAAAUGUCCAACAGCGCUACACCCCUUAUUAUAUCCCACCUGUGUAUGGAGCGCAGCAACAGUUUCCUCUUUACAGACUUGUGACGCCUCAGGGCUGGUCAGCCACACAGAGCUACCUGGACCCGGCUCUGGUUACUCCAUUUCCCAGUCCUGCGUUCAUUAAUGGCUUCGCUGGUUCUCCGACAUUUAAAUCAGCAACAUCUCCACUAACUGUCCGACCAUAUGCACCACGAAACAGGAACCACAACAAAACACACAUUCGACUCACAACAGACCGUGGAACCACUCUGCUGGAAAACCCUGCUGCUUUCUCUACUUUUCCUUCGGAGAGAGUUCCCAAUGGGACACGUCCUCCACAGGCUCAUCACUUGGGUAGCCGUCCUCGACUACCCAGCGGCCCGGGCUAUCCGCGUCGGGACCAGGUUGGAAGUGGACGAAUGGAAGUGAAUGGAGCCGACUACUCACUCAACGCAGGCCGUGGAAGAAGGGGAGGCUACGGAUACAGGAAAAGAAGAGAUGACAACAAGUUUCCAAGAGCAGCAACACAGUCGCCCCCUCCUGUUCAGGAGCGCACUCCGUCCCCCAGCUUUGAGCUAGGUCUAUCCAGCUUCCCUCCUCUGCCUGGAGCCGCAGGAAAUCUAAAACCUGAAGUAAAAACUGAAAACAGCCUUGACAACCGACUAUCUGACAUUGUCACUGGAGCAGUUAAAGACAAGCCUCUAAAUAAGGAUGUGGUCACCAGCCGUGUGAUCUCAGGGACCCCCAAAGAAUCUGUGCAGACUGCUCCUGCUCCUGCUGCUCAGACCCCAGUGGACCACCAACACUCACCCUCUCCAGCCGCUACAAACCUGACAACUGUAGAAAAACCUAAAGAGACGCAGGCACCUGCAGAGAAAUGCUCCGAGACACCCGCUGCUAAAACCGCACCACUUAGCAAUCCAAUAUCGGAGCCCCGGAAGCCAAGCUACGCAGAGAUCUGUCAGAGGAUAAGGGAGACACCAACACAGCAGCCAUCAGCAGAUCCUCGGCCUCUCAGCUCCACUGCUGAAGACAUCAAGACUGACUCUGCAGAACGCAGAUGCAGAGAAUCAGCGCCCGCACCUGCCAAAUCUGCAGCGACGACUUGUCCCAGAGAGACAGUGAAACCUCAUCAGAGCACCGGAGAACGAGCGAGCAGCGGCGGCACGACAGCUUCCUUCCACCAAUCCUGAGGGCCUCUGCUUUGCUUCCAGGACCGAACGGGAACGAAAACUUUUGUCAGGGUUGCUCAAAGAAAAAAAAGAAAAAAAGAAAAAGAGAGAGUCCCUCUUAUCUCACGGUCUCUGUGAGUGCGCACACAGACAGACAGCUUGUCACUGGAAUCAGGGCCUACAGACAAAAGCACUUGUGCAUAAGGGUUCUCUGAAUAUUUUUGUUGUCCUUUCUAUUGUUUUGAUUUUCAGUUACAAGAUCUUUUGUUGUUUUCCAAGGAAAAUGGGAUUAAUGAACCAGCAUCGGUUGGAGAUUAACUAUUUAAAAACAUUUGUCAGAGCUCACCUUUAUUUUGGGGUUAAAACUUCAAGUAGUGCUGUUGGGAGGAAAUGCAGAUUUUUGGAUAGUGCUGAUCCUGAAACACUUUAUUUUUGUGUGUUUUCUUUUCUUUUUUUUAAACUGAUAUGUAUAUAAUUUGGCUAACUUUGAGUGUCUUGGUGGCGAGGCGAUUCUGAAUUUCGACGGCCCCAUCCAUUAAAGCUGCAUGAGUGAGACUUUCGUGUAAAUCCGUUUCGUUCUGUUUUUACGUUUGGAUGUUCCAGCACUGGAGUGACUCUUUGUUUUUUUUUGUUCGUUUUUUGAGCUCUGAAUUAUUUUUUUACAUGCUAAUCAAAUUGUACUGAUGUGAUAUUGUAGCAGGUGUAUGUAUGCCUGUUCUUGUGUGCAUGCUUUCUUUUUUUACGUUUUCUUCUUUUCUUUUUAACCUUUUAAUGGCACACAUCGGUUUGCUGUAUCAUUUUUCAGUUUUUUUCCCCUACUCGCCUAUAGUUUGGGAAGAAUCCGCUCUGAUGCCUCUUCAUUAGAUUCUGGAAGAUCUUCACACUGCAAAGUCCUCGGUCGCGAGGGUGAAGUGUUCAUGUGCCUAGUCUGCUGUGAUCUCAAUGAUAGAUGGCUUUAUUAUUUGCUUCUUCGCUCCGUUUGUUAUCCCAGUGUGGUGCUACGGUUCGUCACAUGGUUAAUUUGGUGCUUUUAUCUAUAGAAACGAAGGGAAAGACACUGACAUGCACCAACGUUUAACGUAUGACCUCCACAGAUUCGCUUUCAUAUCACCACAACUAUACGAGUGGGAUUGUGUACAUUUUUAUAUAGUGGCGUGUACAUCAAGAGCAAAAAGAUCUGAGCCUUCAGCACACAUGGACCAGCGCUGUUUUGUGGGGGUUCUCCUUUAUGCAGACUUUGCGUUUCAGUGUCACUCUCGGUCAUGCUGUUCAUUAGUUAAGUCCAUUGGUUGAUUGGGCCGAGUGAGACAGUCUAUUUUUUUUUUUUUUUUUUUUUUUUUUUUUUGUUGUUUUUGUUUUGAUGUCUUCCUGCAGCGUGGAGCACGCGCAGAAUGCUUUGAGAUGUUCGUCUUGCCAUAUGUUGUUUAUAUUAUCUUGUAUUUUCCCUGUGAGUUUUUGUUUUUCUGUUCCCUCUGUUAAUCCAAACUUUUAUUUUUUGGACUUUCUGAAUGCAACUGAUAAUUUUUUUUUUUUUUUUUUUUCAUCAAUAAAUAAAACAUACCAUGGGUAAAGUAAUGAAGGUUUAAUUACACAAACCUUUAAUAUGUUAAAAAAAAAAAGAAAGAAAUAAAAUUAAAAAGAAACAUCACAUAUAAAUUAACAGUGUUUGAAAACUUGAAUUUUAUUUAAACUUGAAAAAAAGAGACUCUGCCUUAACUUUUUAGAUGAUUUUUGAGCUUUUGUUUGUUUUUCUUUCAAUUCCCAAAGUGUAGAAAAAAAGGAUGAUGUGGUUGAGGCAUCACGAAGCCUUUGUCACUACAUUUGUGUAGCACAAUACUUUUGGGAUUGAGAUGGGAUUAUUGUUUCGUUUGUUCACCUCUGUGUAAAUGCUUAUAGUCUAAACUGUAGUACAUGUAUACACUCGGAUGUGUGUGCUUUCUCUGUACAGAUGUAAAUAAUUGAAAAAUGUUAAAAUGGUACCCUAAAAUUGGUUAUGAGAAAAUGUAUGAAAAAAAAUAAAUAAAUGUUAAUGAGAAAUUCA